CAUACCUCAAACUAUGUUCUUUCUUCAAUAUAUUUUCUCAUUCCUUUUAUCACUUCCAAAUUUUAAUUUUCUAACAGAAUGAAGAAGCACGUCCCCUCAUAUAGCAAUUAACAAGUAAAUAUAAAUAGCUUCCACAAUACAGUUGAAGGACACACAAUGGAGGACAGAACUAAGUUAAUAGUAACACAAGGUCAUGAAACUCUUUUAACAAAAUGUUUCAUUGGAAAGACUGGAGGGGCUUCUUGGUUAGGCUUAAUGAAGAAAGCUUUUAGAUCACCUGUCAAAGAGAAUCAUAUGAGAAGUAGCAGAAGAAGAGAAGAGGCUGAGCAAGAGGAAGAAGAAAAGAAGAGGGGGAAACGACGAUGGAUAUUCCGAAAGCCUACGCUUCAUGAAACAACAAUUAAUCACAAACAAGAAGCAGACGCUACCACCAACACCUCAUCAAGUACAAGCAAAAGAAAUCUGGCGACAAAUUUAUUGCCAGAGAAUAAUGCUGAUUUGAAGCAAAGAGGAACAAAUGCAGUAGCCAUGCCUACCACACUAGGCAAGGACGGAUCGAAAGUUUUAGGAAUCCAUAAACUUCAAAUCUUGGAUUCGCCUUCUAACGAAACAGCAGAUGCUACAGCACGGGCAGCUGUGAACAUUAUUCGGCUCACGCGACCUACCAUUUCAGUUAAAGAACAGCGUGCCGUCCUUACCAUUCAGACAGCAUUCAGAGGGUACUUGGCAAGAAAAGCACUCGGGGCCCUCAAGGGGCUGGUAAAGUUGCAAGCUUUAAUAAGAGGCCACAAUGUUCGAAAGCGAGCAAAAAUGACCCUCCAAUGCAUGCAAUCUCUUGUUCGAGUGCAAACUCAGGUGUGUGAUCAACGUAGAAGGUUAUCCUGUGAAGGGAUUAAUUGUGGUUCCAUUUUCAGAGAGCCAAAAAGCAUUCUGGAGCUUCAUCUCGGUGACAAGGAGUCUACUUCUACAAAUCUAGCUAGUACUGUGGACGACGGUUAUGAUCAUUCGCGUGCACUAGAAAAAGUUGAAGCUUUGUUACAGAAAGCAAAGGAAGCUGCUAAAAAGCGCGAAAAUUCUCUUGCUUCUGCAUUCUCUCGGAAGAUGUGGACCUUGGAUAAGGAUGAAAACGAAAGUAGCAAUAAAGAGCUUGACGAGGAUUUGAGAAUUUUUCACUGUAGAGCUUCAUGCGAUCAGCCAAGAGAUCGCAAAAAGAAUAUUGAAACCGACACGGCUUGCUCUUAUUAUGACUCAGAUCCCGAGUUUUGGAGAUUACAACAUCAUUAUUAUCAGGACCAGCAACGAAAAUUCUAUUCAUAUGCAGUCCCGUCUCCUCUCUCCCAUAGAGCAAAUGUUAACGGUUUGCCCAUGACACCACCAACAUUUAAGAUGAAAAAUAUCCUAUUUCAUUCGGCUAGUCCACGGUGCAGAAGGGAAGAAAAGAGCAAUCACCGGAUGGCGGCUCUUCUCUCCCAUAGAGCAAAUGUUAACGGUUUAAGCAGGAACUCUGCUAACUCUGAGCCCAAUUACAUGGCAGCCACAGCUUCAGCCAGGGCCCGUGGUGAACGGUCACAAAGUGCUCCAAGGCAGAUGCCGAUGACUCCAGAAAGAGAAAAACCAAGUGCAGCAAAGAAACGGCUAUCUUUCCCUAUUCCAUGAAAUGUCCAAUGACGCAGACCAAAAAAUUCUGAAGCUAAAUAGCAAAAUUCAUCGAUAAUUCUAUUUAGCAACGGGUUAGCGAUAAAGUUCAUAGCUAAUUAAUAUUUUUUAUUGUAGUGUUAGAUUGUUAACUUUAGAUCAUAGAUUGGUGAGCCCUAGAAGGAAGAGUGUACAAUUCUACAUACAGAACCAUUUAUGGAUCAUUAAUUAAUAGUCCAAUAGGCAUUAUAACUUCUACUUUUCUUUUUUCAAUAAUGGUGGUAUAUGGGCUUGUUCGCGUGUAUCUUUGAUUGUUCUAUCAGGUAUCUGUUAAAUUUCACACCAGCGAAUAUAUGGGCUUGUGGUAAGUUUGUAUGUAUAUUUGGAACUUGUCAGGA